GGCUAGUGAAACUAAGCCCAAACCCAAUCACAGGCGCUUAGAUGAUAAAACCUUUCCCAUGGGAUAUAUACGGCGGAUGUUAGGGUUUUGCAGUGCACUGAACCACCGUACUUGGCAAAUCGCACUAUAAAACUGCCUUCUUGUCUUCUAUCGGUGAAUCUGAGCUGCUGAGCCCUCGUUCAGCCGUCAUAACAACCAGUGCUGGGGAUAUUUGUUAAAGACAAAUCUUAAAAGCACCUAUUCCUUUCAGGAUGAGCCGGCCAAUGGAGGAAGAGGGUAGCAAGAAUGAGGAGGAGGAGUUUAACACUGGACCCCUUUCAGUACUCAUGAUGAGUGUCAAAAAUAACACACAGGUGCUUAUUAAUUGUCGGAACAACAAAAAACUUCUUGGUCGUGUUAGAGCAUUUGAUCGGCAUUGUAACAUGGUUCUUGAAAAUGUCAGGGAGAUGUGGACUGAGGUACCUAAGACAGGAAAGGGCAAGAAAAAAGCCAUGCCAGUAAACAAAGACAGAUUCAUUAGUAAGAUGUUUCUGCGGGGAGACUCCGUAAUCAUCGUUCUUAGGAAUCCCAAGUGACGGAGAGCUGCUUUUGAAACAAACGGAUCUUGUGACUGGUUUAAGUAUAUUAAUGCAUCUGAAAUGGGUAUUGGCUGCUAUUAUUGGCACAUUAGAACUUGGUUUUAGCUGCCUUUUCAGACUUCAAAUCAGAAAUUUAUAGUGGCUGUACAAUCAAUUGGAGUUGCUUCUUGUGUAGAAGAUGUAGCUAAGUUCCUUGUUCAUGACAUUGUACCGGUUAAGUUGAGUGCAACUGAUUGUUUGAGUAUCACAGUCCCCUGAUAAGCUGCCAUUACAUUGUUAAUGACAUUGUAUCUGUAAAUUUUCUUGUCGAUUUUUCUUUUUCUUUGAAUAGUAAUAUUUUUUUUCUCAAUGAUAAUCAGAUGACUCCGUCAGCUUUAAA